AUAAUGGCUAGGCGAGGAGGUCUGUCACUGACUGUGUGAAGUGCCUGUAAUAGAGAGAGACGCGCAGAAUAAUAUGUUGUAGACAGAGCGAGUUGAUAACUGGUGGUUUGUAUUUUAGUUUUGCCGUUGCGUUGCUCUGUGCAGCAGUACGCGUGGGGAAAGAUUGGUAGGAGUAGUGAAGUUGCUCAACUAGCUGCUAAUGAUGCUACGUUUUCGCUCCAACAAGAUGCACCAUACGCAGAGGUGUGAAUUGCAGUAUGUACAAUGAGCAAGGCCCGGAUAAUCGAAAUGGGGAUUAGUCUGUGACCUAAAUUAUGGAUGGGUACACAUCCCAAAGCACCAUCUCGAAUCAUAACUCCUCACGUUCCCGAGCAGCUGCUUGCCGACUGGAUCUCUUCAAAUCUCUGGGCACUCGGCGACAACGUAUCUCAUCAAUUCAACAGCGAAAUGCCCUUUCUCUUCAAAGUCCUCUCAGUCAACAAGGCCCUUUCCAUUCAAGCUCAUCCCACCAAGCAACAUGCAGAACGACUACACGCUCAAGACCCAACACACUACCCUGAUUCAAAUCACAAACCAGAAAUGGCGCUGGCACUAACACCAUUCGAAGGACUGUGUGGAUUCCGACCACUCGAGGAAACGGCAUUGUUUGUGAAGACGAUUCCCGAGCUGAAAGUCGUUAUUGGGAGCGAACUGGGCGAUGACCUGAUCGCGCGAGUCGAAUCCGGUUGUGACAAGGAAUCGAUGAUGGUGGCCGUACAGACGUGUUUCUCCCAUCUAAUGCACUGCCCGUCCGAUGUGGUGGAGAGUCAAUUGCAACGACUCGUGCACAGGCUCGAGAAGAAUACUGAAGAUGCUGACAUGUAUGAUCGAUCUCUGGGUGACCUACUGCUCAGAUUGAACGGCCAAUUUCCAGGCGACGUUGGCUGCUUUUGCAUCUACUUCUUCAAUCAUGUUACGUUGCAACCCGGUCAGGCCAUGUUCCUCGGACCAAACAUCCCUCAUGCGUACCUAUCAGGAGACUGCAUUGAAUGCAUGGCUUGCAGUGACAACGUCGUGAGGGCUGGUCUUACUCCAAAAUUCAAGGACAAAGAUGUACUCUGUAGCAUGCUUGACUACACACCGACACCCGCACAAGAUCGCAUCUUUCUCCCUACACGGUCUGAUGAUGGGAAAGCAGAGAUAUUUGACCCACCGGUUCCUGACUUUUCGGUAGCGAAGUACGACUUGCGUGAUGUCGACGAGAGAGACUACACGUUGACGUUGCCUGGUGUUGAUGGUCCUAGUAUUUGUAUUGUAAUUCAUGGUGAUGGACAAAUAGUGGAUGACAACAGGGAUGGUGGUGUUCUGGAGGUACGAAGGGGGAGUAUCGUUUUCAUUGCUGCUGGUACUGUUGUGAUGUUAAGGAAAACAAACGAGUUGCUGCUGUUCAGAGCAUUUACAAAUGGACAAUAG